UCAGCAACACCAGUUCACUCUCGCUUCAUUUUCCAGCAUAGAGUGUUAAGCAAUGAUGCUGGAAUAUGAAGCCAUGGUGAACUGGUGCAGUCUUAGCAGCCACGAUGAGGACUAGUUAGACUGCAGUUAUGGGGCAUGAGAUGCAUGAAUGCAUAAGUGCCCUGCCGAACACCCCUCCAAUGUUAAAAUGGUUUGAAAUUGCGACCGAGGAAAGACAGUGCCAUACCCAUUGCAGCCGGUUACUCAAGUAGCAAGGCAUAAAUAGGAGAAGCAUUCACGCAAUCUUUCUUUUUACCUCCGUUCAUAAUUUUUGCAAGAAAUUGCGCUCCAAAGGACAUUUGAGUUUUUUUUUUUCAAGAAAUUGCGCUCCAAAGGAUAUUUGAGUCUUUUUUUUCAAGGAAAUUGUGCUCCAAAGGAUAUUUGAGUUUUUUCACUGGUUUUUAUUGUAUAGAUUACAUUUGCCAUGGAGGAGGCCUUGAGUUUUGAUGAAAUCGCGCUGCAUAUGGUAGUGGAUUUGAAAAACGAAUUCGUACGAGAGUUUGAGUCCUGCAAGAGAUUGUUCGAGACGUGCUCUUACAACCUAAAGGCAUUUUCCAACAGUUUUUUCAAAGGAAUCAAUCCAAUUACGACCUCACAGCAUAUGAUAAAUAGCUUCAGCGUAGUGAAUGAGCGGGUUUCCCAGGCGCGGGAUUCAUCCUCGGCAGAUGAGCCUGCCCCAUAUCAAGUCGCUGCCAAGAGACGUAGGCUUGAAAAUAAUUUAGAGGGGUUUGAAGAAAUCGGAGAUGGUGGUCGGCAAAUUGUUGGGGACGAUCCCGUGGUGGGGAAAGGGCAUUGUGUGGACGCCCAGGAGGAGGGAAAUGAUAUGGAUUGUAUGAGAGUCCCACAUGAAGACACAACCAAAAUAGUUCAGGAAUGUACAGGAGGUUGGCCAUCCUCAACCAAAAUAGUUCAGGAAUGUACAGGAGGUUGGCCAUCCUCAAGUCCUGUGAUGACCUUUCAACCAAACAAAGACAAUUCAGCAGCACCUGUCAUGAUUGUUGCUAUAAGAGAUAAUGCUGGUCAUAGAGAAGAAAUAGUGGCAGCAGAGGUGAGAGUGAAUUCUUUGGAUCCAGUCUGUGAGGAUUCAAAUGACAUGUAUUGUAAGAGAAUCCCACAGAAAGACGCACCAAAAAUAGUCCAAGAAUGUGCAGAAGGAUGGCCAUCCGCAAGGCCUUACUGUGGAAACAGUGCUCACAUAAAAGAUGCAAAACAGUCAGAAGCCUUGGAUGCCAUAGAAACUAUUCAGCUGCAGGAUACCUCAAACAUUAUUGAAAAUGGACAAAUCUCACACAUGACAACUCCAGAAAUGCAGAUCCCGAGUCAAUUUGAAGAUAGCUUUCACCCACUUGAAAGCAAAGCAUUCGGGAAUAUCAUACAAGUAGAUUCACGUUCAGUCAGUAAUACCUCUAUGCUACCAGAGAUGGUGACAUCCCAAUCUUGUAUACCUUAUCCAACAAAUAAUUUGAGGAGCCAACGUGUUUUAGUGAAAGAAACAAUGAUUGACAGAAAGAGAGAUAUCAAAGUGAAGGCUCUGGAGGCUGCUGGAGUUGCAAAACAACUUGAAGAGAAAAGGGAACAAGGACAGAAAUUUAGGAAGGAACUAGCCAGGCGUAGUGAGCAUGAAAAGAAAUUUCUUGAGAAAUCAAGAGAAGAACAACACAAAGGGGAAAAAGAAGGUGAAGGAUCCAGUAUCGUGUGUAGCGAUAGCAAUAAAUCAAUAUCAAGUGGCAUGGCAAGAAAAAAGCCAGUGGGAUGUACCUUGCAGUCCCAACCAGGCACUUUUGUGAUUGGUGUUGAUUUGAAGUUGAGAAGAGCUUUAGACACCAAGAUUAAAUUGGAGCAAGAAAAAUUGAAAAAAUUGGAGGAGAAAAAAAAGAAAGAGGAAGAACGGAAGAAAAAUGCAGCAAAGGUUGCAGCAAAUAAGAGGAAAAAGGAAGAGAUGGACAAGAGAGACCGCGAGGAAAAGCGGAAGCGAUUGGAAGAAGCACAGAAGCAGCAGAAGAAACUUGAGGAACAACUUCGUGCGGAGAAGGAAGCAAAAGAACAGAGGCGCCGAGCUUUGGAUGACAAGAAGCGUAAGAGGAAGGCAAUGGAGGAAAAGGAAAAGAAGCAGCGCCGCAUAGUGAAAGAAAGGGAAGCUGCAGAGUGCAGACGACGAAUAGAGGAGGAUGCUAAGUCGAAUAAAUUUGCAUCAAAGGAUGCAAAACACAUUCAAGAAGUCUAUCAGCAUAAUGAAACAACACUUCAGGCCCAAAAUGCAUAUGCUGGAAAGGUGUCGAGCAUGUCAACUAGCUGUGCAAAAGCUGCACAUGAAACCGAAGGGCAGUCAAUGUUGGUCAGCAAUGCAAGGUCACAUCUAUUAUCAAAAUCCAACAUCAAAACUGAAUCUUAUGAAAUAUCGCCUUAUAAGGGUUCAGAUGAGGAGGAUAAUGAUGAUGGAACUCCAGGGAAACCCAUACCACUAUGGGCAAGGAAAGAGGAUUUGAUUCCACAUAUCAUCAGUCAACAAUAUAUUGAUCCUGAUGAGAUAUUCACUGGUGCAAGAACUUGCAGUUUAAAUGAAGUUUUUGAGUCUAACGGAUCAAAUAGGAGGAGAGAUUUCAAACGGCGUAGUUACAGUGGAGAAUGGCUUAAUGACAUUUUUACAUGGAAAGAAGAGUAUCAAUACAAGUUGCAGAUGGGAUACAUAAACAGGGCUGAGUAAAAUCAUUAAAUGGAUUCAGGUUGCUUUGUCAUAGGAUACAUAAAUAAGACUCUAUUUGCAGUCACAAGAAGCAAAUACUGAUAUGAAUUGUAAAUUUGUAAACGCAGAUACACACACACACAUGCACACGCACACAUGCGUGCACACACACGCACACACACACGCACACAUUUUUUAGGAGGGUAUGUUCAAAUUGUUUCGAUAUGUCUUAAUUAUUUUCUGAUAUAUUUUGCAAAGUGUCUGUGUGAUACCUACACCUUUUCCACACAGUAAGUUGUGAGAGCAUUUAAUUGAAUUUACUGCAGGUUAUGGCUACCUGUGCUUCUUACUUUUGGCCCCUCAUAGUAAGUUCAUUUUAUUAUUUGCUGUGUGGUAUUUGCAUACGCUUGUGUUGCAAAGGACCUUGUUUGUCAAAGCUUUCAAACAUGGGUGUCAAAUGGUUUUGCAAUUCUCCUUUUGCAACGUGCGAACCUUAUAUCUAUUUUUCAAGCGCUUGGGCUUGCCGGAAUACAUAUACUAGUAAUUGGUAUUGUUGCUCUCUAAACAGUUGACAAUCAUUUGCUCAAAUUCAUAUGCAUAUAUACAUACAUACAGAGACAUACAAACACAAACAAACAUAUAUGAAUGUGUGUGUGUAUCUGUAUAAAUGGCUUCUUCUGUGCAUUGGCUUAUAGUAUGGGCUUUUGAGCUUGGAAAGCUGUCAGCGUUUUGCGAAAAUCGCUUCCGUUUACGAUAUGCAGGCAAUGUGUCAUUUCCCUGCCCCAUGUGUCAUUGCAUACCUUUUUCUUGGCCUGCGUUUUGAGGCGGUUCU